AUGCUGCACUUCUUUUUCUUCUUCUUCUUCUUCAUAUUCCAUUUUAUUUCCUUCUUUUUUCAUAGAGUCCGUUCUUUUCUUCUCUGCAUCUUUUCUUUUUUUUUUCUUUGUCGCUUUUUCUUUCUUCAUUCCUUCCUUCAAUUCUUUUUUCAUGCCUUUCUGUUUUCUAUUCUUUCUACUAUUUUCUUUCUUUUUCUUCCUUUCUUUCUUCAUUACUUAGUUUUACUUUAUCUUUUUUGUGUCCUUUCUUUCUUUGGCCCUUUUCUCCUCUUCAUUUAUUCUUUCUACUACAGUCUAACUUUUCUUUUCUUUUCAGUAAAGAAAAGAAAGGCAGAAAAAAACAAAGGUAAAUUUAUUUUUUCUAUCCUUCUUUUUUUACCUUCGUUUCUUUCUUCCUUUCUUUUCUUUACCUUUGUUUCUUUCUCCUUUUCUUUUCUUUUCCUUCUUUUUUUCCUUUACCUUCAUUUCUUUCUUUUCUUUACCUUCGUUUCUUUCUCUCUUUCUUUUCUUUACCUUCGUUCCUUUCUUUUCUUCACCUUUGUUUCUUUCUCCUUUUCUUUUCUUUUCCUUCUUUUUUUCCUUUACCUUCAUUUCUUUCUUUUCUUUACCUUCGUUCCUUUCUUUUCUUCACCUUUGUUUGUUUCUCCUUUUCUUUUCUUUUGCUUCUUCCUUUCCUUUACCUUCAUUUCUUUCUUUUCUUUACCUUCGUUUCUUUCUCUCUUUCUUUUCUUUACCUUCGUUUCUUUCAUUUCUUUCUUUUCUUUACCUUCGUUUCUUUCUCUCUUUCUUUUCUUUACCUUCAUUUCUUUCUUUUCUUUACCUUCAUUUCUUUCUUUUCUUUACCUUCGUUUCUUUCUCUCUUUCUUUUCUUUACCUUCGUUUCUUUCUCCCUUUGUUCUCCUUAUCUUUCUUUCUUUCUUCCUUUUUUUUUCUUUACCCUAG